AUGUAUGGUAAAGUCACCAAGGACAAAUACAAUAGGAGACAUUGCAGAGACUGCACAACCAGUCCAGACAGCUCUACUAUUGACCCCUGCUACAACUACAAUGUUCUUGAUGACAUCUGGAGAACCACAUACAGUUUCUAUGGUUAUGGCUACUAUACUUAUGGAUUCUCCAGUUACUUCAGCACUCACGAUGACAACACUGUUGAAUGGGAUGGAUGGUAUCGGCUGUUUCUACAGGGAGAAGAUGCACAGAUUUCUGAGUGGUGUGUUGAACCCAUGUCAUCUGGUGGCUACACCCCACUGCUGCUUGGUGGUUCACAUCCCCUUAUUAAGGAUGGAAUUGUUACAAGAGAAAUCUAUGGCUCCUUUUCUUACAAUUACUGGUGGUACUGGGGGUACUACUGGGGGUACUACUGGUGGUAUGGGGGAUACGGGUGGUAUGGAAGCCAGUGCAAUUACUACACGUCCAACCCAAUUCAAGUGAAAGCCUGUCCAGGACAUUACUAUGUCUACAGACUGGUCAAGCCAGAUGUUUCGAUUCCUCUGCCCGUGUACACUGCAGUGGCUUUAACCAGCCCAUCUUAUGAUCCCUGCAAUGAAUACAUCUAUCUGGACCAACCCUGGAGAGCCAAUAAUGCACCUGGCUUGGGAAUUUGUGACAGCAAUUUCAACUGGAAUGGCUGGUACCGCCUGCUGUACAAUGGGAUGGACAUCCGUAUGGCAGAGAGCUGUGUUGAUGUUUCCAGAUGUGGUACUUUCUACACUCUGUGGCUCAAUGGUCCUCAUCCUCAGCUAGAGGAUGGAGUAGUCACCCGCCAGGUCUGUGCAAAUGCAGGAUCUGACUGCUGCUACUUCAAGUCCAAUCCAAUUCGUGUUAAAGCAUGCCCAGGCAAUUUCUAUGUCUAUGAGAUUGUCAAACCAAUGUUCUGCAACAUGGCCUACUGUACAGAUGCCAGCAGCAUAACAAUUCCUGUGUCUGCAAACAUGUCCAGUGGAACAGAACUCACAACACCCAUGUCAAUCAGUUCAGUCACUGAUACCUUUGACCCUUGUCACAACUACAACGUACUUGAUGACACCUGGAGAACUACAUAUAGUUUCAAUGGUUAUGGCUACUACACCUAUGGUUACUCUGGUUACUUCAGCAGUCAUGAUGACACCACUGUUGAAUGGGAUGGAUGGUAUCGGCUGUAUCUACAGGGACAAAAUGCACAGAUUUCUGAAUGGUGUGUGAACUCCAUGACAUCUGGUGGUUACACCCCCCUGCUACUUGGUGGUUCACAUCCCCUUAUUGAGGAUGGAAUUGUUACUCGAGAAAUCUAUGGCUCCUUUUCUUACAAUUACUGGUGGUACUGGGGGUACUACUGGUGGUAUGGGGGAUACGGGUGGUAUGGAAGCCAGUGCAAUUACUACACGUCCAGCCCAAUACAAGUGAAAGCCUGUCCAGGACAUUACUAUGUCUACAGACUGGUCAAGCCAGAUGUGUCAAUUCCUCUGCCCACAUACACUGCAGUGGCUUUAACCAGCCCAUCUUACGAUCCCUGCAAUGACUACGUCUCCCUGGACCAACCCUGGAGAGCCAAUAAUGCAACUGGUUUGGGAAUUUGUGACAUCAACUUCAACUGGAAUGGCUGGUACCGCCUGCUGUACAAUGGCAUGGACAUCCGUAUGGCAGAGAGCUGUGUUGAUGUUUCCAGAUGUGGUACUUUCUACUCUCUGUGGCUCAAUAGUCCUCAUCCUCAGCUAGAGGAUGGAGUGGUCACCCGCCAGGUCUGUGCAAAUGCAGGAAAUGACUGCUGCUACUUCAAGUCUACCCCAAUUCGUGUUAAAGCAUGCCCAGGCAAUUUCUAUGUCUAUGAGAUUGUCAGGCCAAUCUUCUGCAACAUGGCCUACUGUACAGAUGCAAGCACCAUCACUCCAAUUUCUGCACCUACAACCAUAUCCAAUGGAAAUAAACUCAACACAAACAUUACAACCAGUCCAGCCACCUCUACAUUUGACCCCUGCUAUAACCACAAUGUUCUUGAUGACACCUGGAGAAGCACAUACAGUUACUAUGGUUAUGGUUACUAUGCUUACGGUUCCUCCGGUUACUACAGCAGUCAUGAUGACACCACUGUUGAAUGGGAUGGAUGGUAUCGGCUGUAUCUACAUGGAGAAGAUGCACAGAUUUCUGAGUGGUGUGUGGGUUCUAUAACAUCUGGCGGAUACACCUCACUACUGCUUGGUGGUUCACAUCCCCUUAUUGAGGAUGGAAUUGUUACUCGAGAAAUCUAUGGCUCCUUUUCUUACAAUUACUGGUGGUACUGGGGGUACUACUGGUGGUACGGAACCCAGUGCAAUUACUACACGUCCAGCCCAAUACAAGUGAAAGCCUGUCCAGGACAUUACUAUGUCUACAGACUGGUCAAGCCAGAUGUGUCAAUUCCUCUGCCCACAUACACUGCAGUGGCUUUAACCAGCCCAUCUUAUGAUCCCUGCAAUGAAUACGUCUCCCUGGACCAACCCUGGAGAGCCAAUAAUGCAACUGGUUUGGGAAUUUGUGACAGCAACUUCCAUUGGAAUGGCUGGUACCGCCUGCUGUACAAUGGGAUGGACAUCCGUAUGGCAGAGAACUGUGUUGAUGUUUCCAGAUGUGGUACUUUCUACACUCUGUGGCUCAAUGGUCCUCAUCCUCAGCUAGAGGAUGGAGUGGUCACCCGCCAGGUCUGUGCAAAUGCAGGAUCUGACUGCUGCUACUUCAAGUCUACCCCAAUUCGUGUUAAAGCAUGCCCAGGCAAUUUCUAUGUCUAUGAGAUUGUCAGGCCAAUCUUCUGCAACAUGGCCUACUGUACAGAUGCAAGCAACAUCACUCCAAUUUCUGCACCUACAACCAUAUCCAAUGGAAAUAAACUCAACACAAACAUUACAACCAGUCCAGCCACCUCUACAUUUGACCCCUGCUAUAACCACAAUGUUCUUGAUGACACCUGGAGAACCACAUACAGUUACUAUGGUUAUGGUUACUAUGCUUAUGGUUCCUCCGGUUACUACAGCAGUCAUGAUGACACCACUGUUGAAUGGAAUGGAUGGUAUCGGCUGUAUCUACAGGGAAAAGAUGCACAGAUUUCUGAGUGGUGUGUGGGUUCUAUAACAUCUGGCGGAUACACCUCACUACUGCUUGGUGGUUCACAUCCCCUUAUUGAGGAUGGAAUUGUUACUCGAGAAAUCUAUGGCUCCUUUUCUUACAAUUACUGCCAGUGCAAUUACUACAAGUCCAGCCCAAUACAAGUGAAAGCCUGUCCAGGACAUUACUAUGUCUACAGACUGGUCAAACCAGAUUUGUCAAUUCCUCUGCCCACAUACACUGCAGUGGCUUUAACCAGCCCAUCGUAUGAUCCUUGCAAUGAUUACAUCACCCUGGACCAACCCUGGAGAGCCAAUAAUGCACCUGGUUUGGGAAUUUGUGACAGCAACUUCCAUUGGAAUGGCUGGUACCGCCUGCUGUACAAUGGGAUGGACAUCCGUAUGGCAGAGAACUGUGUUGAUGUUUCCAGAUGUGGUACUUUCUACACUCUGUGGCUCAAUGGUCCUCAUCCUCAGCUAGAGGAUGGAGUGGUCACCCGCCAGGUCUGUGCAAAUGCAGGAUCUGACUGCUGCUACUUCAAGUCUACCCCAAUUCGUGUUAAAGCAUGCCCAGGCAAUUUCUAUGUCUAUGAGAUUGUCAGGCCAAUGUUCUGCAACAUGGCCUACUGUACAGAUGCAAGCACCAUCACUCCAAUUUCUGCACCUACAACCAUAUCCAAUGGAAAUAAACUCAACACAAACAUUACAACCAGUCCAGCCACCUCUACAUUUGACCCCUGCUAUAACCACAAUGUUCUUGAUGACACCUGGAGAACCACAUACAGUUACUAUGCAGUUCAUGAUGACACCACUGUUGAAUGGAAUGGAUGGUAUCGGCUGUAUCUACAGGGAAAAGAUGCACAGAUUUCUGAGUGGUGUGUGGGUUCUAUACAAUCUGGCGGAUACACCUCACUACUGCUUGGUGGUUCACAUCCCCUUAUUGAGGAUGGAAUUGUUACUCGAGAAAUCUAUGGCUCCUUUUCUUACAAUUACUGGUGGUACUGGGGGUACUACUGGUGGUACGGGGGAUACGGGUGGUAUGGAAACCAGUGCAAUUACUACACGUCCAGCCCAAUACAAGUGAAAGCCUGUCCAGGACAUUACUAUGUCUACAGACUGGUCAAGCCAGAUGUGUCAAUUCCUCUGCCCACAUACACUGCAGUGGCUUUAACCAGCCCAUCUUAUGAUCCUUGCAAUGAUUACAUCACCCUGGACCAACCCUGGAGAGCCAAUAAUGCACUGGUUUUGGGAAUUUGUGACAGCAACUUCCAUUGGAAUGGCUGGUACCGCCUGCUGUACAAUGGGAGGGACAUCCGUAUGGCAGAAAACUGUGUUGAUGUUUCCAGAUGUGGUACUUUCUACACUCUGCUCAAUGGUCCUCAUCCUCAGCUAGAGGAUGGAGUGGUCACUCGCCAGGUCUGUGCAAAUGCAGGAUCUGACUGCUGCUACUUCCAGUCUACCCCAAUUCGUGUUAAAGCAUGCCCAGGCAAUUUCUAUGUCUAUGAGAUUGUCAGGCCAAUGUUCUGCAACAUGGCCUACUGUACAGAUGCAAGCACCAUCACUCCAAUUUCUGCACCUACAACCAUAUCCAAUGGAAAUAAACUCAACACAAACAUUACAACCAGUCCAGCCACCUCUACAUUUGACCCCUGCUAUAACCACAAUGUUCUUGAUGACACCUGGAGAACCACAUACAGUUACUAUGGUUAUGAUUACUAUGCUUACGGUUCCUCCGGUUACUACAGCAGUCAUGAUGACACCACUGUUGAAUGGAAUGGAUGGUAUCGGCUGUAUCUACAGGGAAAAGAUGCACAGAUUUCUGAGUGGUGUGUGGGUUCUAUAACAUCUGGCGGAUACACCUCACUACUGCUUGGUGGUUCACAUCCCCUUAUUGAGGAUGGAAUUGUUACUCGAGAAAUCUAUGGCUCUCCUUUUCUUACAAUUACUGGUGGUACUGGGGUACUACUGGUGGUAUGGGGAUACGGGUGGUAUGGAAACCAGUGCAAUUACUACACGUCCAGCCCAAUACAAGUGAAAGCCUGUCCAGGACAUUACUUUGUCUACAGACUGGUCAAGCCAGAUGUGUCAAUUCCUCUGCCCACAUACACUGCAGUGGCUUUAACCAGCCCAUCUUACGAUCCCUGCAAUGACUACGUCUCCCUGGACCAACCCUGGAGAGCCAAUAAUGCAACUGGUUUGGGAAUUUGUGACAGCAACUUCCAUUGGAAUGGCUGGUACCGCCUGCUGUACAAUGGGAUGGACAUCCGUAUGGCAGAGAACUGUGUUGAUGUUUCCAGAUGUGGUACUUUCUACACUCUGUGGCUCAAUGGUCCUCAUCCUCAGCUAGAGGAUGGAGUGGUCACCCGCCAGGUCUGUGCAAAUGCAGGAUCUGACUGCUGCUACUUCAAGUCUACCCCAAUUCGUGUUAAAGCAUGCCCAGGCAAUUUCUAUGUCUAUGAGAUUGUCAGGCCAAUGUUCUGCAACAUGGCCUACUGUACAGAUGCAAGCACCAUCACUCCAAUUUCUGCACCUAGAACCAUAUCCAAUGGAAAUAAACUCAACACAAACAUUACAACCAGUCCAGCCACCUCUACAUUUGACCCCUGCUAUAACCACAAUGUUCUUGAUGACACCUGGAGAACCACAUACAGUUACUAUGGUUAUGGUUACUAUGCUUACGGUUCCUCCGGUUACUACAGCAGUCAUGAUGACACCACUGUUGAAUGGAAUGGAUGGUAUCGGCUGUAUCUACAGGGAAAAGAUGCACAGAUUUCUGAGUGGUGUGUGGGUUCUAUAACAUCUGGCGGAUACACCUCACUACUGCUUGGUGGUUCACAUCCCCUUAUUGAGGAUGGAAUUGUUACUCGAGAAAUCUAUGGCUCCUUUUCUUACAAUUACUGGUGGUACUGGGGGUACUACUGGUGGUACGGAACCCAGUGCAAUUACUACACGUCCAGCCCAAUACAAGUGAAAGCCUGUCCAGGACAUUACUAUGUCUACAGACUGGUCAAACCAGAUGUGUCAAUUCCUCUGCCCACAUACACUGCAGUGGCUUUAACCAGGCCAUCUAAUGAUCCCUGCAAUGACUAUGUCUCCCUGGACCAACCCUGGAGAACCAAUAAUGCAACUGGUUUGGGAAUUUGUGACAGCAACUUCAACUGA